UGAGGGAGGAGAAGUCGAGUCGGAGCCGCGGGGACUCUGAUAUGGCUGGACUAGUAGGUACAUGUGUUUCCCCUUCUCUCACUUCUACUUACCAACUCCUCUCUCCAUGACUAUCUAGGCACAUCACCGGGCUGGUGUGUGUGACAGGACGGGACGGGACAGGUGUGAUGUGUUGCGAUGCGGCUCUUGCUCAUCCACGGUGUGUUUUUCCUCCAGUGUGUGCGGUUCUCCCAGCAGCAGUUUCCCAGGCUCUGCGCCACAACGGAGGCCCUGCUCUCUAAAGAGUGCUGCCCGGUCUGGGAAGGGGAUGGUUCGGCCUGCGGGGCCAGCUCUGGCAGGGGGUUCUGCCGGGACGUGGAGGUAUCGGAUCUCCCCAAUGGGCUGAAUUACCCCUUCUCCGGCUUGGACGACAGAGAGAGGUGGCCUCUGGUAUUUUAUAACCGGACCUGCCAGUGUGCCUCCAACUACAUGGGGUUCAACUGCGGAGAGUGCCAAUUCGGAGUGUUUGGGGCUAACUGCGAGGAGAGGAGAGAGUCCGUGCGGCGGAACGUGUUUCACCUGUCGGCAGCGGAACGGCGGAAACUCAUCUCUUACCUCAACCUGGCCAAGCACACCGUUAGCCAGGAUUACGUCAUAGCCACCGGGACCUACCGGGAGAUGAAUAACGGGAGCACUCCGCUGUUCUCUGACGUCUCGACCUAUGACGUGUUUGUGUGGAUGCACUACUAUGUCUCGAGGAAUGCUCUUCUCGGUGGACCGGGGAAUGUCUGGACCGAUGUGGACUUCGCCCACUGGGCUCCCGCCUUUCUGCCGUGGCACCGUGUGUACCUGCUGCACUGGGAGCGCGAGAUCCGAAAACUGACCGGGGACUUUGAGUUCUCCAUCCCGUACUGGGACUGGCGGGACGCGCAGGGCUGUGACAUCUGCACCGACGACCUGAUGGGUGCCCAGAGCCCGCGAGACCCCAACCUCAUCAGCCCUGCUUCAGUGUUCUCUUCUUGGAGGGUGAUGUGUUCGCGGGCGGAAGACUACAGUGUGAGGGGGGUUCUGUGUGACGGUAACGACGAGGGGCCGUUGCUGCGUAACCCUGGCAACCACGACCAUAACUUGGUUGCGCGGUUGCCGACGGCAGCAGAGGUGGAGUUCACGGUCAGUCUCCGUGACUACGACACGGGAGCCAUGGACCGCUCCGCUAACUUCAGCUUCAGAAACACACUAGAAGGUUUUGGGAACCCUCAGACAGGCCUGGGUAACAGUGUGGUGAUGGGGAUGCACGCCUCUCUUCAUAUCUUCAUGAACGGCUCCAUGUCUUCAGUCCAGGGGUCAGCUAACGACCCUAUUUUCCUACUGCACCACGCCUACGUAGACAGUAUCUAUGAGCAGUGGUUGAGGAGACAUGCUCCAGAGCAGACCCACUACCCAGAGUUCAAUGCUCCCAUUGGCCACAACAGGCAGUACCACAUGGUGCCCUUCAUACCUCUACACAGAAACAUAGAAUACUUUACCUCCAGCAAAGAACUGGGGUACCAAUACUCCUACAUGCUCAACUCAGAUCAGAGGAUAUCGGAGGUACUCAGUCCUUACCUGGAACUGAUGAUGGAGGCGUGGCCCUGGUUGCUAGGGGCGUUGGUCCUGGGGGCGCUGGUUACCAUGACUGUGGCUGCAGUAGCUGCGACUAUGACCUGGGUGUGUUGGGGUGCGUGGCCAUGGCAAAGCGCAGAGAAGAGUUCAGCGUUCCACCUACCAGAGAGGGAACCUCUCAUCAUCAGCAGUGAUAGUGAUAUCCCCAACUACCACACUGUUUAGCCCCAACUAACACACUGUUUAGUCCCAACUACCCCAAAUACCCCACUGUUUAGUCCCAACUACCCCAAAUACCUCACUGUUUAGUCCCAACUACCCCAAAUACCUCACUGUUUAGUCCCAACUACCCCAAAUACCCCACUGUUUAGUCCCAACUACCCCAAAUACCUCACUGUUUAGUCCCAACUACCCCAAAUACCCCACUGUUUAGUCCCAACUACCCCAAAUACCCCACUGUUUAGUCCCAACUAACACACUGUUUCAGUCCCAACUACCCCUACUACCACACGGUUUAGCCCCAAAUACCACACUGUUUAGCCCCAACUACCACACUGUUUCAGUCCCAACUACCCCUACUACCACACGGUUUAGCCCCAACUACCACACUGUUUAGUCCCAACUACCCCAACUACCACACUGUUUAGUCCCAACUACCACACUGUUUAGCCCCAACUACCACACUGUUUCAGUCCCAACUACCCCUACUACCACACGGUUUAGCCCCAACUACCACACUGUUUAGUCCCAACUACCACACUGUUUAGCCCCAACUACCACACUGUUUCAGUCCCAACUACCCCUACUACCACACUGUUUAGCCCCAACUACCACACUGUUUAGUCCCAACUACCACACGGUUUAGCCCCAACUACCACACUGUUUAGUCCCAACUACCCCUACUACCACACUGUUUAGUCCCAACUACUCCAACUACCACACUGUUUAGUCCCAACUACUCCAACUACCACACUGCUUAGUCCCAACUACUCCUACUACCCCACUGUUUAGUCCUAACUACCCCUACUACCACACUGUUUAGCCCCAACUACCACACUGUUUAGCCCCAACUACCCCAAGUACCAUGCUGUUUAGCCCCAUUUACCUCAAUGAGCACACUGUUUAGCCACACUCCCACACUGUUUAGCCCCAACGAGCACACCGUUUAGCCCCAGCAACUAUACAGCUAACUCUUAGCACUGCAACCCUAGCCUACAGCCAAGCCUUAACCUUUUAACUACCACCCAGACAAUGCAUUGCCUAUCUGUCACACCUGCCAACAUGUACAGGGCCCUUACAGAUGUAGGAUCUUAAUUUGAGCCAGUUUGCUACAGCAGUAAAAUAAUAAUGCAGGAACAGGAAAUGUUCAUUAUUAUUUGGAUUAUAAUUAAUGGACAUUUUGGUAAAGGUUGAAAUUUGAAAUGUCAAAGUUUGCAUUUCCUGCUUUGCAGGAAAAUUCUCAGCAACAAAAGAUUGAUCAAAUUAAGAUCCUACAUCUGUAUGUAUCACAUCAACGUGUGGAACAGUUCAAAUUGAACUUGAAUUUAAAUUUGAACUUAAACUAAUGUCACAGAGGCUCAAACUCCCAUAAAACAAGUUAGAGUGUUGUUUCAUGGUGUCUUUGCUUGGAGGCUUAUGCUAAUCUCUGUCUAUCUAUAUCUCUGUACAGGCCCUUGACUUAGCCACAAUGUUCCCAAAUACCUCAUCAAAUACAAUACAUUAUACGGCACAUUUCUGAGUGGCAACAUUAUAUAUUAUGUUCUUAUUUUGUUUUCUUCCUCAAGCUGAAUGUGUAAAAUUAACACUGUUCAUGUAGCAGUUUGGACUACUGUGACUAUUAAUAGAAUAUAUGAUAAAAACCUG